CAUUAUAUUCAUUCCUCUCAAUCUGGUAUUAAUCACUUGAGAAUUGCGAAUUGACACAUACAUAUCAGAGACUUUACAAGCUUUUCCAUAUAGCGAGGUUUCCGUAGUGUAGUGGUUAUCACGUUCGCCUAACACGCGAAAGGUCCCCGGUUCGAAACCGGGCGGAAACAGAUGUGAAGUAUUUUUCAUUUUUUUCUUUUUCCUUCGCUUGGAAGAAAGCGGGAGAUCACGCUUUGUUUUCUUGUUGUUGUUCGUUUUGGUUUUUUUUUGAGGGAAGCCUUUGCUUAGUGUAUGCCGGUCUUUCAAAAGACAUGAUCCUGAUAGCAAUUUGAGAGUUUGAACUGUAAGUUUGUUACUUUAUUCGUUCACCAAAUGUUUUUAUGGAAGCCUUGCCACGUGGAACACGUGCCCCGGGUUUUAAAAAAUGAACUUGACUCACCAGCUAACACUGAAAAAAUAAUGUACAGCCUAGACGGAAAGAUCAAAGUGUAAAAGUGGUUAGUCCUGUCGCCUCCUGAGCAUUUUUGUAUUAUGUCACUUGGUUUUUCGUCUGAAGUGGAUGUAAAUAAUCGUAUUAAAAAUCUUCUAGUCCAGACGCAGGAAAACCUUUUCCGGUAUAAAGCCCACCUUCCUCUAAUGUUGCGCAUGCCCACUGUGCCCAGCUGCUCCGCUUUCGUGCAUCCCAGAUUUCUGUCACCAGGUAAGGGCAUCUUGGACGCUGAGCUACAGUUGGCUGGGGCACAAAAAAAACAGGGGGUGCCAAGAGCUUUCAGGUACGUAAGCGGGAAAGGGGUGCCGAGUCUCAGCUAAAAAAUCCCCCAUGGCAGAGAUCUGAGUACACAUGCAGCAGUUUCCACCAGUGGGGCCCCGAGGAAGGGGAGGAUGAUGGGAGAAGACAAGCAACUACAAGUCCCCGCACGCAGUGCGCAGCUGGCUUCAGGAGAGAGGCCCGUGGUGCAGUGCUGCCGGGCCUCUGCGCAGAGCCCCGGCAGAGCGCCAGACGCUGACUGCCGGCACCAGAAUGCUCGCGAUGAGGAAGACAGGCGGAGCGCUGCGACCUAGCGAGCCCUCAGCUCUCGUAUCCAUGACGCCUGCUGCUUCGGGGGACCCCUGGCAUGAUGGGGAGUGGGUCUCUGUGGGACAUCCUGUCCCGCCCUGGCCGGCGCCGGACCCCCAUGGCCCCAGAACCUCCCGCACUGCCACGGGAUGACAGAGCCGGACGUGACGCCACUGUGGAAGGAAGGGAGGAGCGGAGCGUGGCGCGGUGACGUCCUCCCAAGAUGGCGGAGUCAGAGUGAAGAAACUGUGUUCCUCCCUUGGGUUGCUAUCGAUCAAGGGUAAAAUUCCAUUCUGAUAUCAAAAUGCAGUAUUCGCACCACUGUGAGCACCUUUUAGAGAGACUGAACAAACAGCGGGAAGCAGGUUUUCUUUGUGACUGCACCAUAGUGAUUGGGGAAUUCCAGUUUAAAGCUCAUAGGAAUGUGCUGGCCUCCUUUAGUGAGUAUUUUGGUGCGAUCUACAGAAGCACUUCUGAGAACAAUGUCUUUCUUGAUCAGAGUCAGGUGAAGGCUGAUGGAUUUCAGAAACUGUUGGAGUUUAUAUACACAGGAACUUUAAAUCUUGACAGUUGGAAUGUUAAAGAAAUUCAUCAGGCUGCUGACUAUCUCAAAGUGGAAGAGGUGGUCACUAAAUGCAAAAUAAAGAUGGAAGAUUUUGCUUUUAUUGCUAAUCCUUCUUCUACAGAGAUUUCUAGUAUUACUGGAAACAUUGAAUUGAAUCAACAGACUUGUCUUCUUACUCUGCGAGAUUAUAAUAAUCGAGAGAAAUCAGAAGUAUCUACAGAUUUGAUUCAGGCAAAUCCUAAACAAGGGGCGUUAGCAAAAAAGUCAUCUCAAACAAAAAAGAAGAAGAAGGCUUUCAACUCCCCGAAAACAGGGCAGAAUAAAACAGUGCAAUAUCCCAGUGACAUCUUAGAGAAUGCAUCUGUUGAAUUAUUCCUAGAUGCAAAUAAACUGUCCACACCUGUAGUAGAACAAGUUGCACAAAUAAAUGAUAAUUCAGAACUCGAGUUGACAUCAGUAGUGGAAAAUACUUUUCCAGCACAAGAUAUUGUGCACGCUGUUACAGUGAAACGGAAACGUGGAAAAUCACAGCCAAACUGUGCUCUGAAAGAACACUCUAUGUCUAAUAUAGCCAGUGUCAACAGUCCUUAUGAGGCGGAGAACUGCGGGGAAGAGCUGGAUCAGAGGUAUUCCAAGGCCAAGCCAAUGUGUAACACAUGUGGGAAAGUGUUUUCAGAAGCUAGCAGUUUGAGAAGGCACAUGAGAAUACAUAAAGGAGUCAAACCUUACGUCUGCCACUUAUGUGGAAAGGCAUUUACCCAAUGUAACCAGCUGAAAACACAUGUAAGAACUCAUACAGGUGAGAAGCCAUACAAAUGUGAAUUGUGUGAUAAAGGAUUUGCUCAGAAAUGUCAGCUAGUCUUCCAUAGUCGCAUGCAUCAUGGUGAAGAAAAACCCUAUAAAUGUGAUGUAUGCAACUUACAGUUCGCAACUUCUAGCAAUCUCAAGAUUCAUGCAAGGAAGCAUAGUGGAGAGAAGCCAUAUGUCUGUGAUAGGUGUGGACAGAGAUUUGCUCAAGCCAGCACACUGACCUAUCAUGUCCGUAGGCAUACUGGAGAAAAGCCUUAUGUAUGUGAUACCUGUGGGAAGGCAUUUGCUGUCUCUAGUUCUCUUAUCACUCAUUCUCGAAAACAUACAGGUGAAAAACCAUACAUAUGUGGUAUUUGUGGGAAAAGUUUUAUUUCCUCAGGAGAGCUCAACAAACACUUUCGGUCCCAUACAGGAGAAAGACCAUUUAUCUGCGAAUUAUGUGGAAAUUCUUAUACAGAUAUUAAAAAUUUAAAGAAGCACAAAACAAAAGUCCAUUCUGGUGCAGAUAAAACUCUAGACUCCAGUGCAGAGGAUCAUACUGUGAGUGAACAAGAUUCCAUACAAAAAAGUCCUUUAUCAGAAACUAUGGAUGUGAAGCCUUCUGAUAUGACUUUACCAUUAGCUCUUCCAAUUGGGACUGAGGACCAUCACAUGCUUCUGCCUGUCACAGAUACUCAGUCUCCUACGUCAGAUACGUUGUUGAGGUCAACUGUGAAUGGGUAUUCAGAACCACAGUUGAUUUUUUUACAACAAUUAUACUGACUUUGUAAGGAAUAUGGAAUUGCUAAGAUAUCAUUGGUAGCAGACAUCUCUGGUAAGGUGCAUAUAUUCAUAUUAAAUUCCCAUUCAUUUAAGUUGUGACCAUUAUUUUUCAUUCACUGAAGUAAAAGCACCUGAUGCUGCAUCACAACUACAAUGUUUGUUUUUAUUUUUGGCUUUAUGUCUAUACUCCACAGAGAGCUUUUUAAGUAAUGAAUUAUGUAGCACUAUUUUGGGUGGAUGAGUUUUAUUUUCUUUUAAAGCUGCCUUAAUUCCAUUUUAUUUUGCAUUUUAGAAUUGUCCUUCAUUUACUAAAUCAGCCAGUUAAUGUGAUUCAGUUUUGACCUGUGGGAUUUUAAAAUUUUCCUGCCCUCAUAAUUUAAGCAAAAUCCACGAUAGUAUCAGCCCAAGAGUAUGUUGCUAUUUGUAAGCCCCAUGGAUCAAUACAUAAACUAUGGAGAAAAAAUAAAAUUUCAUAUUUUCACUCGUGAAAAUUUAGGUGCUGAAAAAGAAUUGUGCUAUUUCUCUAUUAAUAUAUUGUUAGAAAUAACUUUUCUAAUGAAACAAAAAAUGUUUCUCAAAAUCUAGAAAAGUGCAUAUAAAUUUUUGUUCAUUUAGAACUCAGUAUUCUGGAGAAAACCAAUGGUCAGUACUUUUGGUUUGAGUUAUCUGAGAUUAUAUUUUCAAAAUGAAUUUUAAGUAGAUAUUUGGUGUUUUUAUCUUGUCAAAGACAGUUUCAAAAUUUGAUUCAGUUUAUGUUUUAUUCAGUUCUAAAAUAUUGGAGAUGAGGAAAAUGUACUUGAGUUUUGAAAUAUUUUGGUAAGCCUCUCUUAUUCCUGUUAUGCACUUUUUAAAAUAAAUAUUAAAUUCCAGAAAGAAUUUUCUAGAUAUAAACUUAAUGUAUAGUAGAAAUCACUUGGCUUCUAAAUUUGGUACAUUAUUUUGCAUAAAGAGUUAAGAAAUUAACCUCAAUUAUAAGUAAAUAUUUUGAGUUAGCAGAAAGCCAACUUUAAUUAAAUAUUUUGUAUCUGAGUUUUCUAUAAGUUUGGGGUUUGUUAAUUUUAUAAAUUAAACCACAACUUUUGGUAGUGGUUGUAGUUUCACAAUGGUCCUUUUCCUUCCAAAUGAAUGUGGAAAAUUCGUUAUUACCCUGAUAUUUGCACCACUCAUCCCCAUGCCACUUUUCCCACAUAUUAAUUUAUUUCACUGCCUGAUCUUUGGAUAUGAAAUUAUCAGUUCCACAAAGUCAAUUUUUAUAGUGCCGACCAAACAGCAUGAUGAUAUUCUUUCUUUUUCUUUUUUUUUCCUCCCACAAGGCUGUUGUUCAGCGUGAGAUGACAUCAUUUCUUAUUUCUGCCAUGCUGUGGCUUUUUUGUUUUCUGCUUUUAAACUACACCUGUAGUACAGUUAAUAUGUUUUUUAUUGGUAUUGAUUUCUUUAAUUCAUUAAUUUUCUCUAUUUGGGACCCAAGUCAUAAGAACCAAUUAGAGGACAUAAUAAAAACACUUAAUGCUUGUAGUCUGUAGAGAUCUUUACCAUUUCACAGCACACACAUUAUUUUCAUAAUAAAUUGCCACUGGUGGGACAUGGGACUGACUUAUUUGAAUAGAGUUUGAAAUACCACCUUUGUAUGAUACAAACUUAAUAUUUGAUUAUUUUAUCUAAGAAAUCUAUGCAUGUGUAUUAAGUUAAAAUAGUGGGUUUAAAUAAAAUUAAUACAGCAUUAGAAUGUUCACUUAAUCUCUUCUGGGUUAAAUGUGAUAGGAAUGUAUUGGAAUGUGAGGAAAUUAGAGAAAAUUAAAAGACUCAGCCUCUUUAGGAAGUUUGCUAAAAUGGAGAGGUUAUGUUUAAUUUAUUUAUAUCUUCAUUAAUCCAAGCAUCUAAUGAGCAAAAAACUGCUACAGUGACGUCAUAAUUCUAUAAGGGCAAUAGUUGCCAAAUUUCCUCUGGUAUUAUUAGCAUUUUGCCUUUGCAUAGAUUAGCCUUCAAAUUUAUUAUUUUUAGUAUUAUUUGAUAUGAUUGAAGUGGCUAAGAUUGACUGAGCUUUUCUUGAUCACAUUUUCUGCUUCUUAGCUAAAGUAAUUUUAUUUAAAUUGACAUGGCUUGAGUUGUCAUCAUUUUCUGCUCUUCUAGAAUGAUGUGUAGAGAAAACUUGAAGAUACUAUCCCUUCUUUGGCAUUUUUCUCUUAAUGCUAUGCUAUUAUUUAUCAUAAUACGCAUAUAUUUAGUUGUAUCUGGUAUCAUUCUAACACUCAUAACUACCAUUUUAGUUAAGUCCAACUUUAUAUUUGUUACAAUGCAGUGUUUUGGGAAAGGUCUAUUAGUAAUUAUUUAAGUAUUACAUAUUUUUAUGGAAGUCUUUAGAAGGUGAAGAUCUUACUGAGAAACUAUUUUCUAAAUAAAUUUAAUUUUGUUUUGCAUUUGUAUCAGAUCAUGCCUACUGUAUGUUAGAUUUUAGACUAUUCUAAAAGAAACUGUAGAUUAUAUAAAAAUUUUUUUGCUGUUUUUAAA